UUGGAACAAUUGGUGGCUAAGAGGAAAAACAAGAAGGGAUUUCUUUGAUGGUAGUCUCAACAAAGGUCAUUUUGUUUAGGCAAAGGAAAGGAUAAACUCUUCCCUUCUUCCAUUUUCAGAUACACAGAAUAAUAAUAAGCAGGAUCUUGCAAGAAAAGCUUACAUCAACUUGAAUGUGAACAUCAAAGCAUAAUAAUACACACUGGUUUAGGCCAUCUGAUUCUUGAUUCUUGAAUCCCUUUUGCUUAUAUAAAUAAUAAACAUCACAUUUGAUUAGAACAUAUAUAAUCAGCUGAAUCAACCUGUGUUCAGGCGAAACAAGAAAGAUCGUGCUGGGUGACUCGACAGACUGUUGUUGGAACUCAAAUUUCAUCAAUGGCAAAUGCAGCAGCAUAUAAAGAGCUCACACCUCCUUUCUGCUGGACUGAGGAUUCAAGCAGUCAUUGUCUCAUUCUUGAUCUUCCUGGUUUCAGAAGGGAGGAAAUAAAGGUUGAAGUCGAUAAUGAAGGCCAUAUAAACAUAAGUGGAGAGAAGAAGAUGAAUGAAAGCAAAUAUAUCUUCUUUCAGCAAUCUUUCAAACCACCUGAGAAUUCGAGACCUGAAACUGCCAGAGUAUGGCUUGAAGAAGGUAUUCUCUACGUAAGCAUCUCGAAACAAGCAAAACAGAAGGAAGGCAAAAAAAUUCCACCCGGGAACCCUGUUCAAGAACAGGAUCAGCAAAACCAGUCUAACACAUCAAGUGAUGAAAUAGAUUCAGAACACGAAAAUGACAGAAACAGAUACGACAGCUGUUGUUCAUCUGAUCAAAAUGAGAGCACAAGUGAAGAAGAUGAAGAAGAAGAAGAAUUUCAUGACGCGAAAGCAGUACAUAACCUGAAAAAGGGGACAAUAUUGCCAAUGGUAGCAGAUAAGCUGAGAAGGAACAACAUGAUUGUAAUAGUCCUUAUCCUGGCAAUUUCUUUAGGUGUGUUAGUCAUUCAUAAUAAACCCACUGCAAUGAACUAUGAUUGAAUUCAA